UUAUGAGCCACUUAUCUAAAGCAGAGAGAAGUCUGAAAGCGGUCCCGGUUUUUUUCGUGAUAUACUUUUUCGAAAUCGCUGUACGCGAUCGUUACCAACUACAAACCAAUUGAGCUUGAAAUCGUAAGUUACAUUUAUUUUGCAAUAUAGCUGAUAAAACAGUCUUACAAAAUAGAUGUGGCACACAUACGUGUUCGUGCUAAAUUCAUUCCGUGAAUACACAUUACGUCUGCGAGACACGAUUUUAUUUCCAUGUGUCACGAAAAAAAAACAGGAUGGUCGUUUUCAGAUUUCUUUCUGCUGAAAGCCAGAAAGAACAAAGAAUGUGAGUGCAGAAGGUGCAAGCAACGUGACAAAUAAUAUAGAGAAGACACGUCCCUCGUAACACAUGCACGUGCAUGCUACUAUUGGUAUAGUGCGACAUUUUUUGGAGUAUAUAUGUAUUUUGUAUUAUUUCUAAAGGAUUUUUGUAUAAAACAUGACGUCGUUCAAGAAAAUAAACACUAAAGUGUAUGCUAGGACAGGCCCGGAAUUAACUGAAGAUAACAUAUAUUGGAAAAAAUAUACGCCUCCAGUUUUAGUAAAGGAAUUUGGUCCAAUAGACUACAUAGACUUCUCACCAGUAGAGCCACAUUAUUUCGCUGUAACUUGUUCAGUACGAGUGCAACUAUAUAAUCCUAUCACAAAGUUAGUCACAAAAACUUACAGCAGGUUCAAAGAGGCUGCAUAUGGAGGUUGUUUUCGUAAAGAUGGUAAAUUGUUGUGUGUUGGUGGAGAAGAAGCAAUGGUUAGACUUUUUAAUAUCAGCUCAAACAGCAUGUUACGAGUCUUCUCUGGUCACAAAGCUGCAGUGCAUAGAGUUUCCUUCACAACCGAUGAUCUUCAUAUUGCUUCAUUCUCGGAUGAUAAAACUGUAGCAUUAUGGGAUAUAUCUAGCGAAAAGCAAUUGAUAAGUUUCAAUGAACAUACAGAUUAUAUUAGAGCUGGGGCAGUCAGUCCUGUAUCCGCUGAUAUAUUAUUAUCUGGUGGAUAUGACAAAAUUAUAAAUAUGUACGAUGCUAGAACAAAUAAAAAAAUAUUCAGUGUUAAUCAUGAUGCACCAGUAGAAAGCCUACUUUUCUUGCCAACUGGAGGAAUAUUUCUAUCUGCAGGUGGAACUGACAUCAAAGUAUGGGAUGCUCUUACAGGUGGCAAAUUACUUGCAAAAAUCACACAGCAUCAUAAAACGGUGACUUGCCUGAAAAUAGCCUCUAAUGGACAUAGAAUACUGUCUGGCUCAUUAGACAGACAUAUCAAGGUUUAUGAUGCUGGGACAUAUAAAACACUUCACACUUUAGAUUAUCCCAAUGCGGUUCUUAGUAUAGGAAUUAGUGCGGGCGACGAGACUGUUGUAGCCGGUAUGGUAGACGGUUUGAUUUCCGUUAGGAGACGCGAGGAGGAUACGAAAGAUGUGAUAAAACCGAAACGUAAGAAGGUGUCGUACAGGCACGCGGGUGAAAAUCUACAUGUGCAAAGUAUUGAUGUUGUUGUGCAACAAGAAGUUAAAGAGAUAAUGAGCAAACAUGAUGCUUGUUUGCGAAAGUUUCAGUAUAGUAAAGCACUUGACUGUGUUAUGAUGAAUUAUGUAGUCAACAAAACGCCGCAUGUUACCGUAGCUCUAACACAGGAAUUAAUCAGGCGCGAAGGACUAAGGCGAGCUUUGGCCGGUAGAGACGGCAAAUCGCUAAUUAACAUUAUUAGGUUCUUGAACAAAUACAUUGGUAGCAUUCGUUUUGGAAGAGUAUUACUACAUGUAGCAAAUGUUUUAUUAGAUGUAUAUGAAGAUCAUUUGGAUGAGUUGUCGGAAGAAACACGAAAAAUGUUCACUAUGUUAGCACAAAAAUUGCAAGAGGAGGAACAAUUAAUUGUAACCUUGACGCAAUUACAAGGUUCGAUGCAAAUGAUAUUGUCCAGUGCUGAAAUAUCUUUCUUGCCUGCUAUAAAAGAAAAUCAGAGUUUAGAACCAUCGAAUGCCGCACAAACAGAACGUGAUAUUGUCUUAAAUAUAGUAUAAAUACAUAAAAUAUUAAAAUUGUAAAA